AUGUGCGAGGUAUUGCACAUUAAAAAGACUCGAACCACUCCCUACCAUCCAGAAGGAGAUGGUAUGGAUAAGAGGUUCAAUCGAACGCUGAUUUCCAUGCUGGCUUCCUAUGUCAAUGACCACCACACAGACUGGGAUGACCAUCUACCAUUUGUUACUAUGGCAUAUCGAUCUGUAGUUCACGAAACUACUGGCAGCAGCCCGAAUGCCCUUAUGCUUGACAGGGAAGUAUCAACGCCACUGGGCAUUAUGUAUGAGAUGCCCACAAGCGCAAAGAAAAUUCCAACACACCAGUGGGCUUGGGAAUUAAAGGAAAAAAUGGAGACAGCCCAUGUUCAUGUCAGGAAACAUACAAAUGCAGAAAUGCUGCGGCAAAAGAUCUGGCACGACCGAAAGCUCAGCUGGCAAACCUUCUCGGCUGGGGAUCAAGUCUAUGUUUACUUCCCGAGGUAUCUACCAGGCCAUUUUCCAAAACUUACAAGUUAUUGGAGAAGACCAUAUGAGGUAGUGAGCAGAUGUUCAGAUGUCACCUACAAGGUACUGUGUGGGGCUCGCGGUGCACCCCAAAUAGUUCAUGUAGAUCGCAUGCAACUGAAGAAAAGACAACAGCUAACAGGCGAGUCAACAUUGGACACAGAACCGAUAAAAUAUACCUCAGAACAUAAAAAGGGUGAGGUUAGAGGCAGAGUUGGGCAAGGUCCCGAAACCGUUGGGGACGGGAUCAAAUCCAGUCCCACUGGGGAUGACAGUGAAAGCGCCGAGAGGAGUGAGGGCGAAUGUGAAAGCCCGUUCCCGUCUCGACGUACGAGACGGCCACCACGCUGGCUGGCCGAGUAUGCUACUGAUUUUGAUUAA